AUGGCGUCGGCAACGAGAGUCGCCGUGCUGCUUUUGCUCUUUUGGGUCGGUGAAACCGUACCUGAAGGCUCAUCGCCGAUUAUUCCGCCCAACGCCAAGCUCCACUGUCCCACAAUCGGCUCUUCAGCUUAUAUUUUCGUGACUGUAACGCCAGAGGUUGAUCUUUCCGCCUUCGCUUCUCUGCUAGAAUUCUACGCCAAGGUUAUUUUUUUGAAAUACUGUAUUUAAACAGAGCCUUCUAAACAAUUUUUUUAUAAUUGCUCUUGUUAUAAGCUUCUCAAAUAUCUACGCUAAGUAAGAUUAAAGGAGCAUAAGUAUAUUUGAGCUUUUCAAGUCGUUUAAAGUGUUUUUCUGUGUAAUUGCAAGACUUCAGCUUCUUCGGAAAAAAAAAAUUUAGAUGUGCUGUAUCUGAAAUUUCCAAUCCAACAUCAAAUGUGUUGUUCCAACCAUUUCUCUGUUAUUUUAUUCUCUUCAUGUGACUUUGUCGCCGCGCUCGCUUCCGUUGCCUAAUGAAACUGGCUAAUCACUUAAUCCCAUAUCAAAGAUAGCGUGUCCAAUCACGAGUCUUCCAUAAUUGAGUAUCAAAAACUGAUGAGCAACGUACAGUUUGAAAGAGUUUGAAAGUAAACUUUUGAGCGUAUUUUUCUAUUCUUAGAGUCAUGAGUUAUUGAUAAGCAUUCUAUUUUGAGUUCAAAAAAGAUAGGGGAAUACAGAAAAGCAUAAAAAAAUAACUGAUCAACAGCCGAAAAAGCAAAAUGCACCCAUUCGAAAUUCUUAUGAAGCUAUAAAACUCAAAAAAUGCAAUAAUCUUAUGAUCGUAAAAAGUGCGCUGUACUCGUAAAUCAGAAAACUUAUCGCUAUCGUGACGUUGUGUGGAAAAGAACUGAAGAUAAAGAAAUGAGAAUGAUUUCAAAGGAUCAAAAUCUGUUUCAGUUGAUGCCCCUAAAUUCGACGUCACCCAUCGACUUUGUGUUUCGUUUCGGGCAAAACUACUCAACAACCGUGACGACGAGUUGUCUUCAAGAUGAAGUCGCGGUGAGAGUAGUUCUCCCAGGAAAAUAUUGAAGCGAUUUUCCAGGGCUGGAUCAACGACGCAACACACAUCCAAAUCAUGUACAACAGUUCCUUGGUCCAGAGUACAGCUACUACCCAAUACGAUGAAGAGGACAAUCCGCUGAGUAACGUCGUCAGGACUCUCUUUGACUACGUAGGUUUUUCAAACUCCGUAAGAGCAAUAUGAAGUGACUUUUGAGAAGCCACACAGCUGCUCCCGGAUAAUAUGUUCUUUUGAGAACGAGUCAUAGUUUUAGGUCUACAAGGAAAACCAACAGCCUUCCACGGUGGCCAAGAAAAAACAAGUAGUUCUGAUCACCGACUACAUCCAACGUAACGUCACAGAAGUCAUGAAUGAUGACACAAAUGUGAAAAGCUUCGUAAAAAUCUUAAAAAUUGGAACCUUCAGGUGAACACUCAACUUUUGGGCAUCUACCACGAAAUUAACGCAACUGACUUCGACCUCGCGGCCAACUUUCCCGUCUUUUCCAUGGAGAAUGAAAAUGUCACGCGGCUUCGUGGCAUUUUCCAAGCUGACCUCAACUUUGGUUAUCUAAGUCUGAGAGCCUUUCUUCAUCUCCAGUUUUCAGAGUUUCCAAAAGUUUACGAAGCGAGACCGAUCGCCGACAUCUACAUAUUCCUGACGUCUCUCAACCGCACCACCACGCUGGAGAUCAUCGAUUCGGCAAUCGACGGAGACGUCUGCUCCUUGCCUUCCACUAAGAUGUACUCGAACUACAUCAGCGUUCAACUCGCUCAGGGAGACGUUCUUUGGCAGUUGACGUUGCCGUGGAUUGGACUCAACUCGCGCAGCUUCUUGCAGAACUGCCUCGCCCAUCUGCCAGAGACAGGUUUGAACUUUAAAACCUUUCAAGAUUAGAAAAAAUUUAGAGCCCGUCAAAAACUGUACGGCUACAAAAAACGGCCUCGUCCAGAACUUUAUCACAAUCACGUCUAACGCAAAAAAUCUGACCUUCGCCCAUCUGUACAUCGACAAUUACGAAUGCGUCGACGCCAAGCAUCUCAUGACAACCAUCAAAGAUACAGUCAGAUUUGAAAUAUUUUCUUUGCAAUGAAGCAAGAUUUGAAGACUCACGUCCGUCUCGUGACAGCCGACAGUCUCAUCAAGGUCUGGGAUACGUUGACGUCUCCGCUUCUGAAGUUGGGAUUCCUGGACAGAACCGUCGACAAUCAAGUCGUGUCCAGUGACGUCUUCUACCUGAGCAACUACACGACUACCUGUCGGGACGCCAUCCCUCUGGGUUUGUGUCCAGUUGCCGUUCGUGCAAUUCUCAAUCUCGAGAGCACUUUUCGAUUCCAGUACCGCUGAUUCCGGCGACACUUUGGCAUCGACCAAAAUACCUACAUCUCGCUCUUGACGACAUGCUCAUCAUUUCCCUCUGUGCCACCAUAUCCGUCUGCACUUUUGGAGCGAUUCUGUACUGUCGAGUCAAACGGCAGCAUCAGCAGAACCUCGAAAUUCUCAGCGAAAUCAUGCUACAGCCUAGGAUAUUCAAGUAGGUUUCCAGUAGAUUCAGAUGACUAUUCUGAAACUCUCAGAGCACCGAAAGAAUGUGCCAAAGUGGCUCGGCUACCCUGGGAAAUCAAGUCAGACAACGUGCACAUCGACACAGAAUUCCUAUUGGGAGAAGGAACGAUAUCUAACGUCUAUUUGGGUAAUUUAAUAUUCAAAAACCGGAAUUACAAAAGAAGCUCGUUCAGUUUUAUUGAAGUAAAAAUGGGAUGAUGAAAAUGCGCUUCAUGGCUGGAAGAAAGAAAAAGGAUUUUAAGUUUUGUUAUUAAUACUUUCAAAAACCUUCUGAAAAAACAAAUAUCGUUUCAAAGCAGCUUAGUUUCAACAAAAACUCUUCAAAUUACAGGGAAACUGAAAGGAAAAGCUCCCAUAAUGCAAUGGAUUGAUCGUAUCGAAAUGAAGCAGUUCCAAGACUGUGCGGUCGCUGUCAGGGUUACUUUUAACUUUUUUCGAAAAACCUAUGAAUAAACGUGGAUUCAGGUCCCUCGGCAUUUUGACGAGCCAGAAGAAGACCAGCUCCAACGAGAAAUCGCUUCGAUGCGCCAACUCCGUCAUCACGGCCAUAUCGCCUUGCUUCUCGGUACGUCUAAACGAUGAGGAUUUCUAAAACUACUGAAGAUUUUCAAACCUACAGGCUGGACAAACAAAAGCGACUUGGUGUGUAGUUUGCUUGAGCUCACGCACAUGAAUCUCAUCAAAUACCUGGCGCAAAUUAAAGAAACGUAAAAAAAUUAUAUUGAUCAUGCAGAAAACAGAGUAUAUUUGAAGGGAGACCGAGGAAUCCAGCUCUUCGACGAUUCCUUAUCAGAUGCUGUACAAGAUCAUCUACGAAACGUGCGACGGAAUAGCUUAUAUCCAUUCUCGCAACUUGGUACACCGAGAUCUCACAGCAAGAAACAUCUUACUGACAACUGGACUCAGAGCGAAGGUUUGCACUUCAAAACUCCGCGAAGAAGCUUUCUUAUUUUCCAGAUAUCUGGCUUUGGCUUUUGCUCCGAGCCAGAUGACCCAAAGUUUGCUGCGAACUCAUUGGCGCUCCGGUACUUGCCAGUUCGGUGGCUAGCCCCAGAGUGCUUCCAAGGAAAGUUCUCCUUCAAAAGCGACAGGUAAACGCACCUUUGAGAACUGGAGCUGAAUAUUCGUGGCUAGUGGGUGUGGCUUAGCGCAACUGUCCCGUACUUACUGGAGAUGAUUUUCCGAGCGGAUUUAAGCUCUCAUUUAAAAAUGUUUUUGACGGAUAAAUUAUGUAAAAUGCGAUUGUAAAUUGAAAAUGCACGAAAAAAAUAAGCUACGACCAAAACGUUGAAACUUGUGUCUUCGAAAAGACAAAAGGCAUCUCGUUAAUUUUUCAAGAAAAUUGUCUCCACCUGAGCGUUCAAGCUAAGUUAGCAGCCACAUGGUAGACUGCCAUAGUUGAUAUACUCCUACAAAAAGCUUCAAAAGCUGAAAAUUUUGAUCUGCAGUUGGUCCUUUGGCGUUCUAUUAUACGAGAUGUUCACUCUGGGUAAUCAGCCCUACGAAGAUCUACUCCGACCAGAAGAAAUCAUCGAAAGUAUCAGGAAAUCGCGGAUUCCCGCACAUCCCAAAUACGCUUCCAAGCAAACGUAAAACAUUAAAUCGCCCCAGGAAACCGAAGCUGUGAAUUUAAGGUACAAAAUAAUGCAAGGUUGCUUCCAAAUGUUCGCCUCGAGACGUCCGACCUUCAUUCAGUUGAAAGACGCCUUCCACGCUCAAACGAACAGCUACUACAAUCCGGCCUUCGAACCAGACGACUUUUAA